AUGCCGCACUCGACAUCCCCUCACCCGUCCACGCGGUCGAGAUCGACGAGCCGGCCUCCCAACAUGAAGCUUCACGUUGACUUUGUCGACGACAAGGAGGAAGCCACCGAGAAGUUCCCCGACUUCGACACACAUGUCAAUGGGACGGCACCCCAGCCGUACGGGCUGAAUGGCCAUGCCAACGGCGCAUUGCGACCCGUCGAUCGCUGGCAGGCCGCGAAAGACAGCCACACACGGGCAGUACGGUGGGGCCUCGACGAGCCACAGUCGCACUCCAAGGGCCACAGGAGGCAGAAGAGCCUGAGUGAUGCCAUCCGGACGAUCAGGACAAGGAAUGGCAGUAUGAGCCAGAACGCCCACGAGAUCGCUGAUGCUCUCAAGGCGCCAGUGUCAGCCAAGCUCAUUAUACUAUGCGUGAUGUGGUACGCUUCGUCCGCACUGACCAAUACCUCGUCGAAAUCGAUCCUGAAUGCCUUUGCCAAACCGGCAACGCUGACCAUGGUGCAAUUUGCCUUUGUGGCCUUCUACUGCAUCCUACUAUCGUGGUUAGCGACCGUCUUCCCGGCCCUAAAGAGGGCCAUACCAGCAUUGAAGCAUGGCAUCCGCCCUCCUUCCCCUGAAGUGCUCAAGACCACAUUGCCUCUGGCUGCCUUCCAGAUCGGUGGCCACCUUCUCAGCUCGACAGCCACGGCAAAGAUACCCGUGUCCCUCGUGCACACGAUCAAGGGGCUGAGUCCUCUGUUCACCGUCUUCGCCUACCGAUUUGUCUUCGACAUCCGCUAUCCCACCGCCACCUACCUGUCGCUGAUACCUCUGACAAUGGGCGUGAUGCUUGCUUGUUCCGGCAAGCACGCAUUUGGGGGCGAACUGCUGGGCAUCAUCUAUGCACUUCUGGCCACCAUCAUCUUUGUGACGCAAAACAUCUUUUCCAAGAAACUAUUCAACGAGGCGAAUCGGGCAGAGGCUGAGGGGAUGACGGCCCAGUCGCGACGCCUCGACAAACUCAACCUGCUCUGUUAUUCAUCUGGACUUGCCUUCCUGAUUACUGGACCUAUUUGGUUUUGGAGCGAAGGCAUCGGCAUCAUUGGCGAUUUCCUCUACGAUGGUUCCGUCGACUUGACCGCGGGCCCGGGCACCUUCGACCACGGAAGGCUUUUCGUCGAGUUCGUUUUCAAUGGCACUUUUCACUUUGGCCAGAACAUCCUGGCAUUCAUUUUGCUGUCGAUGGUCUCGCCCGUCACCUACUCGGUGGCGAGUCUGAUCAAGCGUGUGUUUGUCAUUGUCAUCGCGCUCAUCUGGUUCCGAAGCCCCACGACCAAAAUGCAGGCGGUGGGCAUUGUUCUUACAUUUUUCGGCCUGUACCUGUACGAUCGCACCAAGGAGAGCAAGGCGGACCGCCGAGCAAUGUCUAUGGCGGAUACCAAGGAAUCCCUGCUGCCUCUCAACACCAAACAGCCCUUGUCGCUGGGCCAGAACGGUUCUGUCUUUGAAAGCCCCGCAAGCAUGCCGGCGAAUCCCCAUCCAUAUACCAACGGCUACGCAUUACCGGCAGGCAACGACAGUAAGAAGUCGGACGACCGGGGGUUGCCACAGAAUGGGGGUGCUAAUAAUGCCACCUGGAUGGCACGCGGCACGAAACAGGAGGAUACCUGGCGGGCCGGCGACCAACGCGUGGGCAAAGCCUAA